AAUUGACGUAAGCAUUUUGACUUGACUGCUUGGUUAACAUAAAUUGCUCUGCUUUUCCAUUCUUAUAUAAUCGGUCGUCUUUAACAGUUCGACCAAACAAAUUGUUGAGAGCCACAGCCUUGAUUUACAAUCAUGCAGCGUGUCUUGUUUGCCGGUUUGCUUUGUUUGAUUGGAGUAGUUGGUGUAUUGUCGCAUCUGGAGAUGAACUCCGACAAUAAAUCGGAAUUAUCCUCCUUAACUUCUUCAAAAAUCUCGAAUUCAUUUCGAGACCUGCUGAACCAAGAAAGUCUAUUAAGAUUCUCCAUGACCCAGAAAAUCCAGGGUUUGGUGAUGGAUGCCUUAGACAAUAGAAAUAACAGUUUGACUUUGAAGAAAAAGCUAAGCGACAUAACGACAGAAUUACAGUCUAUUGGAGCAAAAGACCAAGUGAUGAAGGAAGAAAACGCUCAGCUGAAACAGGAGUUAAACACCGUUAAGGAGGCAAUCAACCAUGAUAAAAACCUCACAAAACAGGAGUUCAACACCGUUAAGGAGGCAAUUAAUUCUGAUAAAAACCUCAUAAUGCAACAAAUUCAGAGUCUGGCAGAAAAAAUGGAGGAUGAGAAUUCGAAACUCAGACAGGAAAUAAAGAUUCUUAACGAAACAAACCAAAGAGUUGACGAAGAGAACUUCAAACUCAGACACGAGUUAAACAACUUGAAAAUGAUGUCUCUUGACAACAAGCAAAAUGUUCAAAACAUUAAUAACAUGACCAAAACAAUACACAAACACAACGAUGAGUUUACGCUACAGUUCCAGAUGAUCAAUGGUUCUCUGCAGAAUCAUGACUUACAACUGCAAAAUAUUUCUACACAACUUUCAUCAGUGCGUUUGAAAUUAAUUCAUGGAAGCUGUAUGAGGAUUUUACAAAGUGACCCAGGCGUGAAACGAAAAGAUGGGGUAUAUUCGAUAAAAGUCAAUGAUCAGGUAAAGGAAGUGUACUGUGACAUGACUACAGAUGGAGGGGGUUGGACGAUCAUCCAAAAACGACAGGAUGGUUCCACCGACUUUUAUAAGACUUGGGCAGAUUACAAGAAAGGAUUUGGAGACCCAUCCAAAAACUACUGGCUUGGAAACGAUGCGAUUCACUUUUUAACAAUGACAAAUCAGGAAUUACGAGUGGAGCUGAUGAGUUUUUCUGGUGAGAAAGCGUACGCCCUGUAUUCAACAUUCAAAGUUGGAGAUGGGAGCAGUAAAUACCAGCUUACAGUAUCGGGAUAUUCAGGAACGGCAGGAGACAGUUUGAAGUACCACAAUGGACAUAAGUUCAGUACCUGGGAUCAGGAUAAUGACGGUAAUAACUGUGCAGUACAAUAUCACGGAGCCUGGUGGUACCUUGGCUGUCACUACUCCAAUCUGAAUGGACGGUAUGCGGAGUCUGCUCUGUCUGGUCCCCAAUACUCUGUCUGGUACCAUUGGGAAAGUAAAUAUGUAGCAUUAAAAACCACAGCAAUGAUGAUCAGACCCAAGACUUAACAUUAAUAUAUACCGUGUUUAGCAGUUCACAAAAACAUAUGCUGGAUAUAUUCAUUUUACAUCAGACAUCUAUCUGUGACGUAGAGAGAUUAGUAACGGACGGGUCAGGAAUAUGAAUGAAAUUAUCAUGUAUUUUCACAAUCUAACUGUUUAUUGAGUAGUGAAUACUAGCAAUCUCUGUAGAAAGAUAGUGUUGUACAUGUAUUCCAUGGAUUAGUUCUAGUCACUGAUUAUCAAACUCUGAAAAAUAAUCAACAUUUACUAUGUAGUACAUGAUCUGUAUUGUUUUCAGCAACACAUGGAUGUUUAUGGUAUAUGGUUAAUUAUCAAUAUAAAUGCUUGCAUAUAUUGUACAAAAUGUAUAUCGUGAAUAGCUUCUUAACCCUUUCUCUACCGGCACAUUUUAGAGGUUUUUAGAGACUAAAUGACAGUAUUUUAAAAUCGAUUUAAAUCUGCAUGGAUCACGAUUUGGGGUAGGCAUAUGACAUGUAAUUUUGUUAGGAAUUGGACAGGGAACAAUUUCUUAUAAAAUUUGUCAAUGUAUCCCAUGACCUCAUAUAGGUCUACGGGGUCAAAGGUCAUAUAAGUGCACAUUUUUGCAAUCUUUUUUCUCUGAAAUAUAUAUAUUACGACCCCUCUCACUAGAUUAGAGUCAAAAAUAGGAAAUUCUAAAUGUAUGAGCUAAUGUGCCUUUUAAUAUACUACAAAAAGAACAAAAUCAAACUAAUCAAUUUUAUUGACAAACAAAUAUUUUUGGUUGCUAAGUAACAACACUCAUAGUACAAUUUUGACCAUAAUUUGCCUUUCUGCAUCCAUUCGACACAAUUUAAACGUAAUUACAAUCCAUGAUGAUUAGUAAAUGUCACAUUAUCUUAAAAUAUAAUCUUUAAAUAGAUCUUAAUCAUUUUAAAAGGUUUUUAACAAAAAAUGUAUGAAGAGAAUUAAGGUCAAAGGUCAUCAAAUGGAAACUUCGUACUUUAUAUACUUGUCCAUCAUUUUCUAAUAAUAUGACGUUUUGCCAUUAUGUUCCAUUAAAUAGAAUAAGUAUUGCAACAUUAAAACAAAGAUCUUUCAAUUAUUGUUAAUCUAAAAUAAUCUAUUUUUUAUUCAGUUAUAUUUGGUUGCUAAGCAACAACACCUUAUCAAAUGUUAUCAAAAAGUACUAACCAUUUUUCCUCUCCAAGUUCAACAUAAGCGAAUGUUCAAGUACUUACUUUCAAUCACUAGAUUUAAAUGUACUUGCAUCAUAUUUAACAAAAAUGUUCUUAUAUUCAACCUCUUGAAACCUAUUUCUAGACAUAAUUCUUGAUAACGAGUUGUUCCGACAGGGACAUGCGUUGACCAAUAUCUGUCUAUCGACUGGAACUUCACAGCAGGCGUGUAUAAGAUAAUGCACAAAAAUCUGGAAAAAAAAGUAUUUCUUAAUACUUAGUCCUAAAUACUAAUGUAUUGUCAAAGCUUUUGAAUACUCAAAUUGGCUCUGUAAAUGUUUUCGAUAAUCAAGGCCCUCUGAAAAGUAUGCAUUUAAUUACUUAUGAAAUUUUAUCAGAGGUAAUUGUAGUACACAUUUAAUAAAUGAGUUACAUUCACAGCCAGAUUAAUUUUGGUAAAGGUAAUCUUUUUACUAUGCAUUUUAUUAUUCUUUUGAAACUGGAAGUCACUGCCACAAUAUCGGUUUUUAAAACUAGUAAUACCUGUACAGUUCCUCUUCAGUGAGAGGCUGCAAACUUCCUUGGGAAGUAUAUGGCAACCCUUCCCCCUAGAUGUGACCAUCUCAGCAUAAUGGUUGUUGGCAACACAGAUGGAGAAAACCAAAUCUUCUGUCAAAGACAGCUUCAUAAAAUCUGCAGUUCUCCGAAUAAUAGGGUCCCAUAUCUGAAAGAAAAUUGCAAAUAAAAUCAGUAUUGGCCACCAUACCUUAAAACGUGUCAUACCUUAUAAUUAGAAACUAAUUAGAAAUUGUUUUGUCUCAUUUUGUAUGUAUACGAUCCCUAGUUAUGCAGCAAAAAAAAAAAAAAAAAAAAAAAAAACCCACAAAAAAAAAAAAAAAACAGUAAAAUGGUACACACAUAUCAGUGUACCAUAAUGCCAUGAUUCCAAUUGUGAAUGUAUUAUCUGGAUUUAUUUGAAUGUUAAUCAAAUUUACACUGAUUUAACCCUAUAUUCAACCUCAAAGAGUCAUACCAACUGAAAGCCAGGUUGUCACCCCGAAUGAAAUGCCACAGUUCUGGGAUCAGGUGUUCAUGUGUCCUCCAUAUCAGCAUCCUUCCAAUGCAUGUCUGGAUUUGUCAGUAGACUGUCGCUAGCGGAUGAUACCUGGGAACUUCCCACUAAAUAUUGGGAUGUCAAUACCCUUUUUAAAAAAGAAAAGAAAUCACAAUUAAGAAUUGUUGGUUUAUGUUUAAAAAGCAAAAUCUAAGUUUCACGGUAGCAUGAAACAGUUUCGCACUUAAAUUUAUUUACUCAAAUUUAUUUAAAGAUAUGGUAAGGGAUUGCAUACAUGUGUUAGAAAUGAAUCGAAUAUUUUAUUAUACAUUGCGAGAGUAGCAGAGUGGGUAAUGAACAAAAAAUGUAUCAUGUAGGUAUCUGCAUUAUGCCUAGCAUAUAUUAUACACGAGGGCAAAUACUGAAGAAAUUCAGGUUAAAACCUACAGGGUCCAGCGAAAAUACUGAAACUCUGAGGGAAAGUGAAUGACCCCAGAUAUAAAAGUUGAAUUGAAUUGCUUCUUAAAGGUACCCAGUGUCUAAAUCCCCUUGUAUGGUACUCUGCUAGGCAAGAAGGGGAUUGAUUGAUUGAUGUUUUCUGCCAAACUCAACAAUUUUUCAGUUAUCUGGUGGCACCAAGUUUUUUUUAUUGGUGGAAGAGAGAACCCAGAUACCUGGGGAGAGACCACCGAUCUUUCGAAAGUAAACUGGGAAAACUUUCUCACUUACCGGCACGAAUGGGAUUCGAACUCGCGCCUACAGAGAUGAGAGGCCGUGUGAUUUUGAGCGCAAUGCUCUAACCACUCGGCCACGGAGGAGACCGGCAAGAACACAGGGGCUCGGUUGUCAGAUAUUGAAGUUUUGUAUUAUUUGUUCCCGAAUAAUAAAUUGAAGUUUUGCAUGAUUUGUGUCCGAAUAAUAAAUUAUAUAAAUAAAAUCAUCCACCAAAAUCCGCUUUUUUAGAGGUUUUCAAAAAGGUGUAUCAUGUGUACAUUAAAGUACUUGGCACACUGAUUUGACUGCGGAUAACUCCGUUUACCUGAUCAUGAUAUGGGGCUCACGGCGGGUGUGACCGGUCAACAGGGGAUACUUACUCCUCCUAGGCACAUGAUCCCACCUCUGGUGUGUCCAGGGGUCCGUGUUUGCCCAACUAUCUAUUUUGUAUUGCUUGUAGGAGUUAUGAGAUUGAUCACUGUUCGUUAUCUUCACCUUGCAUUUAUAUAAUUUAUUAUUCGGACACAAAUGAUGCAAAACUUCAAUUUAUUAUUCGGGAACAAAUAAUACAAAACUUCAAUAUCUGACAACCGAGCCCCUGUGGGCAAGAAGGGAACACAUGCCCAUCAGCUCAUAGCAUACAAGUACCAGCAUGUAUGGAUCACAUUUAAUUUAUGGUCAUAAGCUACUAAGUGUAUAUAAAAUACAUGCAUUUGGAUAAAAGAGAAAUCAAUAUGAUUUUUCAUUAGCCUGUCAUAAUCAGACUUUGAUUGAUGUUAACCCACCCCCAUUUUGGCCCAAACACACAUUUUGUUUUUAUUUCUGUUACAGAAUAAAGAAAAUAAUUCAAAUUAUGAUAAUAAAUUCUAUCAUAAGUGUGUUUUCCUAACAGAUUGUGUUUUCUUUUCAUAGAAAGAUAAUUUCUUUUAUAAACAUGGAAAAAACUUGGAAAAUAGCCUUCUCACCAGCGGUCGUGAAUGCCCAGUCUGAUUAAAACCACCCCAUCCCAUUAUACACUAAAUACACCCCCUUCUUACACUCGCGCGUCACGUAAGGAGAUAAUUCUGGGGAAAAAGGGGGGGGGGGGGGUAAUCAAACUGCCGGACCCGGACAGGGUGUUAUUCACUUGUUUUAGAUAUCAUAAAAUAUAAAUAUUUGCUUUCAUGAAACGACAAACCAUGGCAUCAAAUUGCGGUUAAUUAAUCGUGAAUUUUUCAUAACAUGACAAAACCACAUUUUUGUUUUCUUUUUAGUCGGCCUAUGUGGCUACAUCAACUUACAUGUACGUAUUUAUACUGAAUGCAUGAUCGUUUGGGUCAUCCUGCAACAGGCGAUCCAGGGCAUCUUCUUCUGACAUUAGGUCGUUUUAAAGAUGUAAAAUACAAGCGUUGGUUGUGACAGUCACGGUGAAGCUGUGUUGUUUUCGUUGAAACGGAAACACGUGUCAUUCUCCGUGCACACUUUCAGAAAACCCCGCGAGGCCCGCGAUCCGGAUCACGGAAAAAUAAAAGUAUACAGGUUAUAUAUAGGCGAACUUCUUCUUUGUUUUCUUUCUUUGGCAGAGAAAAAAAUUAUUUCUAUUCCGAACAAAUAUAACGUUUAUAUCUGAAUUUGAAGUACUUUAUUUAUCUUUUUUUAAAUUCAAUCUGCCGAUGUAAUAUUCUCAAUAGGUGUUUUAUGAAGUUACAUGUAGGUUGUGUAACUGUUAUAAACCAAUAUUGGUUUUAUGCUUUAAAAAAAAAAGCAGAGAUACCUGGCUGAUUAUUUCAUACAUGUAUGUAUGUUGUUUUAGUGUAUCAACAGGUACUGAAUUUACUAAAAGAGGACAAUACAAAUAGUUUUCACCACUUUAUUGUGCGACGCGCGUCGAUUGCUUUUAGCGACGUCGAUUUGUCGCUAAUUUUUAAGAAAACCGCGCAGCAUGUCCCAAUUUCAUUUUAUCGUAAUAUAAAAACUACCGAGAAUUGUAAUAUGAAUAAGGGUCCAUCAAAAAGAACAUUUCCUCUACUUUUACAGGAUGUAUUUACUUUCCACUAUUUCCAUAUAUAAAUAUAGAUAAAACGCCGAUCUGUUUAAACAUUGCGAAAUAAAAUCGUAAAACAACGUAUAUGUGCAAAAAAAUUACUAUUUUCUUAUAACUUUGCCAGCCAUCAAAAACAAUUUUUAUAUGUACUGAAAGCAGGGAAUAUAUGCUUCUCAAAAAUAUAAAAAAUAUUGCAUUCAUAGGGAAAAUAAAAAAAAUCAUAGCGAGGGGGGAAAUGGCCUUGCGACAAAGCGUUGCGUCAUAUUUAGACGAAGUCAUCCUUCAUUUUAAAUGCUUUUUUAAAUUUAAUGGCUUUAUUUAUUCAAUUGAUUUUUGCAUAGUUAAAAAAUAUAGAAAAUUUCCAAAAAUAUGAUAUAUAAAACAUAUAUAUUACGUCCGUAGUUUCAAAGAUUUAUAGACACUCCUUUUGCGUAGCCCUGUUUUUACGCGCUAUCGGUCAUAUUGACCGAUACGGUAGAGAAAGGGUUAAAUAAAAAGUAGGUAUUCUAGCAAAUAAUGAUAUCCUUUAUUUAUACAGGAUUGUGCAAUUAUAUAUAUAAACUAGUUUACAUUGUGGUCCUGUCUAUAACAUACGAGUAUAUACAUAUCGAGAACACCUAUCACAAAACAUGGAAAUAUCACAGUUUAUAUACAUACAGAUAAGUACUACAUGAAAAGAGACCAUAGACACAUGAGUAUUAUUGAGGAUUAAAAUAAUGUUUGAAGCUGAUUUAACAGAUGUGGUAGUUGUGCAUUUUCUAAGAAAAUCUGGUAAUGAGUUCCAUCAAACUCCUUCUGAAAUGAUAAAAGAUCUUCUAAAAUAUUCUGUUUUGGCUCUUAUAACAUAAAUAAAAUUAUUUGAUCUCAG